CCCCCCCCCGAAUUCUCACGAACGCCUGUCCGCGAGGGGGGCGGCUAUUGAGCGUUCGAACUUCAAACCCAAACGGACCGGUUGGCACGAGCCCAACAGACACAGAAAGGGGAGGGGCUGAGCGGCGGCGGCGGCGGCUGUGUGAAGAGAAGAUGUGAAGAGAAGGACGGUGCUGCUGGCUAUUGCUGUGAAAACGGGCAGAGAGAGACGAUGUGACCGUUUCCUGGCCAGAGAUGAGACACAAGUGAUUGCAGUGUAUGCUUUCCUAUAAUGAAGCAGUACCUGUUUAUGCACAGAAGACUAUUUUGAGAGUGUAAAUUCAAACACCCCUUGGAGUGUUAUUGGUAGAAGACAACUGAAAAGCAAAAGGUGUGCUGUGUCAUCGAUAUCUCAGGAUGCCACUGGUAAAAAGAAACAUAGACCCUAGGUAUCUUUGUCAUACAGCACUACCACGAGGCAUCAAGAAUGAACUGGAAUGUGUUACAAAUAUUUCCUUGGCAAAUAUAAUCAGACAACUAAGCAGUCUAAGUAAAUAUGCGGAAGAUAUAUUUGGUGAGCUUUUCAAUGAGGCACACAGUUUUUCUUUCCGAGUGAACUCCUUGCAAGAACGUGUGGACCGUUUAUCUAUCAGUGUUACACAGCUUGAUCCAAAAGAAGAAGAACUUUCACUGCAAGAUAUAACAAUGAGAAAAGCUUUCCGAAGUUCCACAACUCAAGAUCAGCAGCUUUUUGACCGCAAGAGUCUGCCCAUUCCUUUGCAAGAGACUUAUGACACAUGUGAACAGCCUCCUCCACUCAACAUUCUUACCCCUUACAGAGAUGAUGGAAAAGAGGGUUUGAAGUUUUACACCAAUCCAUCCUAUUUCUUUGAUCUAUGGAAAGAAAAGAUGUUACAAGACACAGAAGACAAAAGAAAGGAAAAAAGGAAGCAAAAGCAGAAGAAUCUAGAUCGUCCUCAUGAACCGGAAAAAGUGCCGCGGGCUCCUCAUGACAGGCGCAGAGAGUGGCAGAAGUUAGCCCUGGGUCCAGAGCUUGCUGAAGAUGACGCCAGUCUCUUACAUAAGCACAUUGAAAUUGCUAAUGGCCCUGCAUCACAUUUUGAGACGAGACCUCAGGCAUAUGUGGAACACAUGGAUGGACCCUAUUCUCUUUCUGCAUUGCCAUACAGUCAGAUGACUGAAUUGCUGAAUAGAGCAGAGGAACGUGUCUUAGUCAGGCCACAUGAGCCACCCCCACCUCCACCAAUGCAUGGAGCAGGAGAUGUGAAACCCAUUCCACCCUGUGUCAGCUCUACCACAGGUUUGACUGAAAAUCGUCCUCAGUCACCUGCUACUGGCAGAACACCAGUGUUUGUGAGUCCUACUCCUCCUCCACCACCACCACCCCUUCCAUCCGCCUUGUCAACUUCUUCAUUAAGAUCUGCAAUGACUUCCACUCCUCCACCUCCAGUGCCGCCGCCUCCACCCCCUCCAACAGCUGUUUUGCAAGCUCCAGCUGUGCCUCCGCCCCCAGCUCCUCUCCAGAUUGCUCCUGGAGUGCUUCACCCUGCUCCUCCUCCAAUUGCACCUCCUUUGGCACAACCCUCUCCUCCCGUCACCAGAGCGGCCCAAGUAUGUGAAGCCAUUCCAGUUCCACAGGGCGAAAUGCAAGGACUUCCUCCACCUCCUCCUCCUCCUCCAUUGCCACCUCCUGGCAUCCGACCCUCAUCACCUGUUACAGCACUCUCCCACACUCCCACAUCUGUUGCCCCUGGGUCUCACAUUCCAAUAAUGCCUCCAUCACCACCAUCACAAGUCACUCCUGCUCCUGAACCCAAGCGUCACCCAUCAACACUACCUGUCAUCAGCGAUGCCAGAAGUGUCCUUCUGGAAGCAAUACGAAAAGGUAUUCAGUUACGAAAAGUUGAAGAGCAACGUGAACAAGAAGCUAAACACGAGCGUGUUGAGAAUGAUGUUGCCACCAUCUUGUCUCGUCGCAUUGCUGUGGAAUACAGUGAUUCAGAAGAUGACUCAGAGUUUGAUGAAGUUGACUGGUUGGAGUAGAAUGGAUAUAUGCUACUAAACUGAAUGCUGAUGUCCAUUGUGGUGCUUGUUCUUUAAAACUGUUUGGUCAUUUCUAGUGUUUUUGUAUUUUCUUUAUAUAAUCCAUGUUUUUCUACUUUUCAGUUCACAAAAUGUUGGCACAUCUUUGAAACUAAAUGUUUUACAGUGAUACAGCUCUUUUAAAAGAGUGUGAUUUUGUUCCAGUAGACCACUAAGUAUUAAGCAUGGGCAGCUGUUGGUAGAGUAGCAGAUUUAAAUUUUCUGGCAUAUCUUUAACUGUGCACUUUGUGAAUUUUAAGUUAUGAAGGCAGAAGCUUCCAGGAGAGUUGUAUGUAGUAAUGAGCAUUACUACACAUUUGAGCAUUUUAAACAGUUUAAAAACAGAGAGGGGUGUAAUCCAUCAAGUGCUGCAAUUCCCAGGUACUUCAUAGGGAUUUGAGCAGGAGAAGAACUUGGGGGUUUGCACCCUAGUUAUUACUGCCUUGAUUAAAUCUGUACAUUACAAGGUACAUGUAGUUCUAGCAGCACUGGACACACUGAAAGAAAAACAAAUAAUGAUCUUUGGGGGUUUUAUUGUUGUUUUUAAUUAAAAAAUAUGGCCUUAUUUGAAUGUUUUAAGAUUUUCUUUACUGGUACCUAUUGUGUGAUACUAUUUUGCCUGCUUGAGAGUUUGACCCUCCUCCCCCACCUUGUGAAAUCUUCUGACUUAGCCAUUCUAUGUAACUUAUGUAACUGUUAGAAAUAACAGUUUGAUUUAAAUAAAUGGUUUGUUUUAAAUGUU